CAAUGAAUCUCAACGCCUCAUCACGUCCAAUGCGCAUGCGCGGCGGGGUGACGCACCCGGAACUAGCAGCAUGUCGCUGGAGGACCCGUUUUUCGUCGUGAAAGGGGAGGUACAGAAGGCCACUGCGCGGGCACGCAGCCUGUUUGACAGGUGGGAGGAGCUUCUACAAGAUGGAACUCAGGUGAGUCGUGAUGAGCUGGAUUGGAGCACCAACGAGUUGCGCAACUGUCUGCGAGCCAUCGACUGGGACCUGGAGGACCUGAGCGAGACCAUCAGUAUCGUGGAGUCGAACCCGGGGAAGUUCCGCCUUGGCGAUGAGGAGCUUCAGGAGAGGAGGGAUUUCGUGGAGAAGACCAGGAAGUCCGUACAGGAGAUGAAGGAUCAGUUGUCGAGUCCAUCGGCUGCGGCUCAGGCAGAGAAAAAAAACAAGCAGGCGUCGUUCGCUCCGUCAGCAUCGGACCGGUCUAUGCAACUGGAUGCCCACCUGGUGUCCGCCAAUUCCAGAUACAUUCAAGAUCAGCAGGAACAGCAGCAGCUGAUUAUGCAGGAGCAGGAUGAUCAUCUGGAGCUUGUGUCCGGAAGCAUCCGGGUCCUCAAAGACAUGUCGGGACGUAUCGGUGACGAACUGGACGAACAGGCCGUCAUGUUGGGGGACUUUGCCGACGAGAUGGACCAGACGUCGUCACGUAUGGACUCUGUGCUCAAAAAGAUAGAGAAGGUCUCGCACAUGACCAGCAGUCGGCGGCAGUGGUGCGCUAUCGCCGUGCUGGUCGCUAUCAUGAUUGUCGUCCUCAUCCUCUUCUUCGCCCUCUGAUGCCGGCGACCCCCGAACUCUUCUUGACUCACGGGACCCACAAAGGACUGGCCAAUUUUUUUCUUUACCCCUGGGCCCGAAGAAGGGAAAACUCCGCUGGCUCGCGCUGUCCGGUAGAAAUCGAACGCAUGUGGCGCAGUCAGGUUGUGGCUUCGAUCAGCAGAGGGCGCUCUGGUAGGAAAGCGCCACACGCCACAGCAGGAAGUUCAAGGUUGAGACUAAGCUUGUCUUUUUUUUUUUUUUUUUUUUUUGUAUACCAGCAAAAAAAGUCAUAAUUUCGCAAGACAACAAAUUUCAAACAAAUGUCUAAAUAUUGGCAAACACAUUUUCACGUUAAAAAAUACUCUGGAAGAAAAAAAAGAUUUGAAACUUUUCGAGAAUAAAGUAAAUUUUGGAAGAA